CCAGUCCCGCUCCCUCCUCCUCUCGGUGCCUCUUUCUCCGCCCCGCUUCCCCCCAAACACACUCGCACACGGACUCUCAAGGUGUUCUCCGCACAGCGGAAGAUGGCGACAGACUGAGGGGGCAUGGCCAGCGGGAUCCAUGGGGCCGUGCCGCUCGGCGGCCGCCACAGCGGUGCUAACGAGAGGCGGAAGCGAGAGGCGCACUAAGUAAAGCCCGGUGUCCGCGUCCGGCGCCUGUGGCGCCGCCGGGAGCCAGGUGGCCCGCCCGAGCCGGAACUCCGGGAGCAGCGGGCUAGGAGCCGGAGCGCAGCCGGCCCGGGACCGGCCCCAGAGAACGACCAAAGCACGAGCGAAGCCCGAAGGGCUGGGCAGCGGGUCGGCCGGCGGGCCUAGGAGAGCGCGAGCGAGGCAGGGAACGGCGCGGAGCGGGCAGCGGGUGGGAGCGGAGCGGCGCGGGGCGAGCGAGUGGAGCGGAGCGGGGCGCGGCGGCCGGGCCCGCACGGCGGCGCUGAGGGGCGCAGAGCUGCGCCGAGCCGAGACGGCCGGGACGGAGUGCGAGGCGGGCAGCCGCCGGCGCCGAGUGGAGUGUCGCGGAGCCGAGGGCAGCUGAGGGGCCCGACACUAUGAGGAGCGCGGCGCCGCCGCCGCAACCGCCACCGCCUCUGUGCCUCGCACCGCCCCCCGCCGGGACGCCGGGCAGCGCCUAGCGGGCCGGGCGGCCGCUCCCGGGCUGCGAGCGAGGGAGCGCGGGAGGAGCGCGGGGACGGCACCAGAGCGCCCCGCGACUCCGGCCUGAGCGGGGCCCGGGGCGGGCCGGCCUGCCCGCCUCACCAUGCAGCCCCCGAGGUAGAGCCUGGACGGCGCCGAGGAGCGCGAAGCGGCGCGCAGCCCGCCCGCCUGCCCGAGACGGCCGUCCGGCCUCGCGCCUGCCUGCUCCCUCCAGCCCGGACCCCCCUGAAAUAUGUUCAGGGGCGCUUGGAUGUGGCCCGGGAAAGACGCCGCCGCGCUGACUAUCUGCUGCUGCUGCUGCUGCUGGGCUCCCAGGCCGAGCGACAAACCUUGCGCCGACUCCGAGCGGGCGCAGCGAUGGCGACUGUCCCUGGCGUCCCUGCUCUUCUUCACCGUGCUGCUCGCUGACCAUCUGUGGCUGUGCGCGGGGGCCCGGCCCCGGGCCAGGGAGCUGAGCAGCGCCAUGCGGCCGCCCUGGGGGACCGGCCGUGAGCGGCAGCCGGUGCCUCCUCGCGGGGCGCUGCCACUGCCGCCGCCGCCGCCCGGUGAGCCCAGCGCUUCCCCAGGCACCUGCGGCCCCCGAUACAGCAACCUGACCAAAGCCGCCCCCGCCGCCUGUCCCGGGCCGGACUGCGGCGGCGUCCGAGAACCCAAGGGGCUGGACGCAGCUUGCACCAAAUUGCAAUCUUUGCAGAGACUUUUUGAACCGACCACCCCAGCCCCCCCUCUGCGGCCCCCUGACUCCCCUUCCCGUGCCCCGGCCGAGUUCCCCUCCGCCAAAAAAAACUUGCUCAAAGGCCACUUUCGGAACUUCACUCUCUCCUUUUGCGACACCUACACGGUCUGGGACUUGCUUCUGGGCAUGGACCGUCCCGACAGCCUGGACUGCAGUCUGGACACCCUGCUGGGGGACCUGCUGGCUGUGGUGGCCAGCCCGGGCUCUGGGGCCUGGGAGGUGUGUAGCAACUGUAUCGAGGCGUACCAGCGGCUCGACCGACAUGCUCAGGAAAAAUAUGACGAGUUCGACCUCGUGCUGCAUAAAUACGUACAGGCGGAAGAGUACUCAAUCCGGUCCUGCACGAAAGGCUGUAAGGCUGUCUACAAGGCCUGGCUGUGUUCAGAAUACUUCAGCGUGACCCAGCAGGAAUGCCAGCGCUGGGUGCCCUGCAAGCAAUACUGCCUGGAGGUGCAGACCCGGUGCCCCUUUAUACUCCCCGACAAUGAGGAAAUGGUGUACGGAGGGCUCCCUGGUUUUAUAUGUACAGGGUUGCUGGAUACUUCGCCAAAGCAGCCGGAAACCAAGUGCUGUGACGUGCAGUGGGUCUCCUGUGACUCGGAGAAGAAGAAGUUCAAGGAGUCUAAGGCUCCCAAAACCCACUACCAGCAAUUCCACCACUCCUAUUUCCAUCACUACCACCAACAGUACCGCCACUACCACCCCCUCCAUGACCCUCCAGGUCGCAUCAGCCACAAGCCCUCCCUGCUGCCGGUCUCUGGGGGCUCCCGCCUCAGCCCCAGCAGGAUCCGGCUCUAUGUCCUUGUGCUCAUGCUGCUCCAUACCAUGGUGUCCUUCUCCAGCAGCCAGGGUGGUGGAGGACUGGGGCUGGAGGCACUGCCUGCCCUAGAUGAGGGCGUGACUCGGGAAGAGUGACAGCGGUGAGGGAGGACAGACCUCCACCACACACUGACGUCAGCUCUAACUCCUCCAGGGGGAGGGGGAGGGGGCUCCUCCGUGGGCGAUAAAGGACCAGGUGAGGGGCGGGGGAAAUGGGGGACCACACAUAGUCCCCAACCUACCCCUACCCCAAAAGCAGCUCCAACAGAAGUGCCCGAGGGCCCCAGGAAGCUGCAAAACUCAUCCAGGAGAAAAAGGCAGGAGCAGCAGGUGCCCCCUCCCAGGCCCCCAUCUGUGGUGGGGCUUAGCAAACAAAAGGGGGUGAGCUGGGGCUGGAAAUGCCCUCCCGUGCUGAGAGCCCUGACCCCAGGGAAAGAGGCUGCUCACCUAGCCUUGGUCCUGCAGGGAAUGUUGGGGGGCCCAGAGGGGAGAAGCUCUUCCCCCCUCCACAUUCCUUCUGUUGCCAAGAUCCUUAAUUCCCUCCUGCCCAUACCCCUACAGGCAACGGCAGAUGGUGCAGUGGCCCUCCUCCAGCGCCCCUGGCCCCACAUGGGCGUGGGGCUGCCACAGGGAAGAGCCAGGUUGAGAGAUGAGGGGAACACAGUCGCAGCUAGGUCGAAGCCCCAGUUAAACUGUGGCCCACCACCGUACACAAUGAGGGGUAGUGGUGGGGUGCAGAGUGAGUGGCGAGAGUGAAGCUAGGGAAGAGGAAGAGGACAGGGGUUUGGGAAGGUGGCUUACACAGACGGCUAAAUGGGCUGUUGCCACCUGGCUGUGGGGAUGUGGAUGACCAGUGUUGAGCCAAGCUCAAGGGCAGCUCCCCGAAUCACUAAGGGUUGUAUAAGGAGCCCUCUGGGGAAAGAGCUCAGGAACUGCGUCGUUGGGCUUCAAACCAGAAGGCUGAGGGCACAUGGUCAGACUGCCGCUGUCUGAAGGGCCAUAUCUUACAGAAGGUGCACAUUCUCCCAAGGGCCAGUCUUGCCCUGGAGAUCUUGGCCUUGAGGCCAAAGACAUUUCCAUUUCUGAUCUCCAUGGAGAGGAGGGACUUAAGCCCAAGUGGGUCAGGCCUGGCCUGGGUCCCCAUACUCCCCCAUCUUGUCCUAACCCAGGCCUCCAUGAAGGAGAAUCUGGUGGCAUUGCCCCAGGGCUUUCCAGAGAUGAGCCUCCCCCAUCCCCACCAUGUCCCUGUCCCCAGCCUACCAAAGAGUGUCGAUCCCUUCCCAUCCCUGACCCCAUGGGUUGCUAUCUCAAUUGUGGAACAACCAGACUCCUCCUCACCAUGUAGUGGGUCCCCUGAUCUAGCCACCUGUGCCCCUUGCUGGAGAACAUCCAGAAACUGGCAAGAGGACCCGCUGAAUAAAGAGAAUGUACUGUAGUCCCUUGGUUGAAAGACUUGAACUGUUUAGUCAGGCUAGAGGGUUGAGCCAGAGUAGAGUCAUCGAGAGCCCUUUGGGGGACAGCCUUGUGCUGAUCUCCUGGGAGCGGAAGGCCACAUUGCCUGGGACGUCUCAAAGCCAAUAGUAGCAAACAAGCAAGGGAGCCAGAACUAUGUCCCUGGGACAGGCCAAGUAGCUUUUGAUGCCAGAAGGGUCUGUGUCCUAGAGUGUGUGGCCAGUGACUUAAGGGGAGGGGAGCCACAUUAGGUGAAACCAAGAAGGGGAUGGGAGAGGACAGCUGAAAUUGGUUGGCUGGGAGAUAAAUGGGAGACUUCCCUUGUAGAGAGGGAAUCAUUCAAGGGCCUCAGCUGGGUCCUAAUUGGACUUAAUGAGACUGGGGAGUCCUUCCCUGCCAGUUUUCUCAUUUCUCACAGCAGAUCCCCUCCCCCACCCAUGUGCCCUGCCCACGUACUCCCCCACUCCCCAUUUGGCCCUCAGCACUUCGGGCCUAGUCACAUACCCCAUGCCUAGAGUGCUCUUUUCAGCUGGGGAGGGAAAGAGGUGCUGGCUCCUUUCCAGAGAUUCUUAUGUGGACGUGAGAGAACCUAGGUACUGCCUUCUAACUCCUGCAUCCUCAGGAGGGGAAAAGGGACUGGGAAGUAAAGGGGGACCUUGGGGCCCCAGGGAAUGGACCCUUGGAGACUCCCAUCCUCUCUUCCCCCUCACCAAGUGCCCAGGAGACCCCUGGCUCAGACCAGCCCAGGGCCUUGCCCGGUGGCAGGGGAAAGGGGCACCUCACUCCACCUUGAAGUCAUUUGACUGUCCCUAUCCACUCCACCACCCAGAUCUCCGACCACCCCUCAAUCUGCCCUGCCUUCCUCCACAGGCAGCAGAGCUGGGCAGCUUUCUUACGCCAUUUUCUACACUGUGCUUCAUGAGUAGAACUUUGUUGCACUAGUUCCUAUGACUGAGUCUCCAAGUUGGAUUCCUACUAGUCCCCUGUCCCUUCCUCCCUCACCUGGCUAUGAUUCAGUUUGCCCCCGCCCCCUGCGUCUGUGUUUCGGUGAGAGUCUCUGUGUGUGUACUGCUUUCUGUUUUGUUGCAUUGUGGGGCAGAGGCCUCUCUGCUCUUGUUCAAACCCCAUAAAGAAAUAAAUGGUAAGACUUGAUGAU